AUGUGGCAGCCAAACACCCUGCUCACUGGUACACCAGGUGUUGGAAAAACUACACUAGACAAAGAGCUUGCAUCAAGAUCAAGACUGAAAUACAUUAAUGUGGGUGAUUUAGCUAAAGAAGGGCAACUAUAUGAUGGCUAUGAUGAAGAGUAUGAUUGUCCCAUUUUAGAUGAAGAUAGAGUAGUUGAUGCAUUAGAAAACCAGAUGAAAGAAGGUGGAGUUAUUGUUGAUUACCAUGGUUGUGAUUUCUUCCCUGAAUGCUGGUGUCAUAUAGUUUUUGUGCUGAGAACAGAUAAUAGUAUAUUGUACAAAAGAUUUGAAACAAGUGGUUAUAGUGAGAAGAAACUACAAGAUAAUAUUCAGUGUGAAAUUUUUCAAGUUCUUUAUGAAGAAGCCAUGGCAUCUUACAGAAAAGAUAUAGUACAUCAGUUGCCAAGUAAUAAUCCAGAAGAGCAAGAGAAUAAUAUAAAUCGGAUAUUGAAAUGGAUUGAACAAUGGAUCAAAGAUAAUAGCUCUUGA